AUGUCGGAAAGCUUCAAUUCAGACGCCAACCAACCUUCUCUUACCCAGGAGCAAUGCGCCUGGUGGAUUACUCAUGGAGCUCAACCUCGCGCUAACUCGGAAAUUUCUGGAAUCGGCGUAGUCGUCGCAUUCGUACUUAGUGCCUAUAUAACCACCGGACUUGCUAUAGCCGCUUAUCUGCUGGGCGCAAUCGACAACAAAGUUCUUGGUCCGGUAGACCUUCUGGUGCAUCGUAUACCGACUCGAUCUAAAAUCUCCCCUGCCUGGCGCGAGGCAAUUCAGCAAUGCAUUCUUUUGUUUAGUGAUCAGCAGAUCAUGACUGGAAUUGCCAUUCUGGUCGCUGGAUUCCUCGGUCUUUCUGGAGUUAUGGACGUCUACCAUUUUCAAAUCGUCAUCAUGCUUGGGUGGAUGUCUAGUUCAGUGAACUUGACUGCUUUGAUUGUUCUUGGGAGAUACUUUGAAGAACAUAAAGCAGUCUUCAUGUGGCGUCUGGCCGGCAUGUUAGUGCUACUUAUCCUUCUUCUUGUCGCUCUUGUUCCCACGGCAUCCAUUCGCUGGGCCAUGUGGCACACGGAGGAUGGGGAUCCUGAGGAGACUUCUGGCUGGGCUAUACCUGCUGGCUGCUUUUUCAUCCGUGAAUGGGGCCAUGGCUUCAGUCCUGAUGCGCCGUUCUCAUAUGUGCUGCUGAUCGUCUCCUACGUCUGGAAAAUCGGGUCUGUCUCCAAGACUACUAGAUCACUCUUCUUGCAAUGGAUCCGGGAACCGAUCGAAGGAUACCUCGGGAGUUUGCUUUUGAGAGAAGCUCAGGCGCGAGACCCAUCUGUUGCGCAGGGGAUGACGUGGAGACAUCGCCUCUAUCUGGUCCUUUACAUUGAUCUUCUCGUUCUCUUCGAAUUCGCUGCGUCUUUCGCGGCGUCGCUUUGGUUAUCUGCCAUUGGUCUGCUCUACGCUACGACAGAGAUUGUCAUUCCUAGACAUCAGAACGCGAAGCAUUUCGCAGAAGAAGAUGAAUGGACCUUUGGACAGAUCGUUCCGAUCAUUCUGUUACUCCAGCCAAUAGGAGCGGUACUGGAGCUAUACCGUGGUGGUCAUAGGACAAAAGCAACACCUGACCCGAGUCUGCCGGUCGAUGAUCUCGAAUUAUCAGUUCCAGAAGACCCAGUCGAUCAUCAAUUGUCUAUCGAGCCUACAAUCGAGCCCAGACAAGGGAAUCUCGAGAAAGCAGAGGCACAAACUGUCGUCGUCGUCUCGCACGCAAGCCAGGCCGAAGAGUCUGACUGGUUGACACGUCAGCGCAUGACUAUAUUGUCUUCUAGGACCUUCGCUGCGCUAAUCAUCUUGACACAUGUUUGCCUCCUCACGUUCUCGAUUCUUGCAUUCUACAUCAAUGCACUUAGCAUCGGUUUCGAAGUUACCCAUGACUGGAUCUGGAUGUUGAUGGGUACAGCGGUCUAUAUCGGGAUAUUGAUAACUAUCACCAUUAUCUCGAUCUGCUUUGAUAAUGUCUCUAGAUAG